CUUGUGUAUUCAAAGAGAAGGUUAUAAAUAUCUUCCAUUUAACUCAUACUUUUAAGUGCAUUAUGUCAUGUUCCUAUGCAGAAGGAUUGUCCCCUUAUGAACAUAAAGGAAAAUUAGGAUUGAAAGAAGUAUUUGAAAGUGAUGAAUCCCUGGUAGACAAAGUGAAACAGCUAUCAAAAUGGAUCACUUCAUCAAACCAUGUAGUAGUUCAUACGGGAGCAGGAAUCAGUACAUCGGCUGGUAUACCUGAUUUCAGAGGUCCCAAAGGAGUAUGGACUCUCGAGGAACAGGGAAAGAAGCCAGAAAUAAGCAUAUCUUUCAAUGAUGCUCUUCCGACAAAAACUCAUAUGAUUCUAGUCAAAUUAGUUGAAGCAGGUUAUGUUAAGUACAUUGUAAGCCAAAACAUUGAUGGUCUUCACUUAAGAUCUGGGUUAAAUCGUGAGUAUCUUUCCGAACUUCAUGGAAAUAUGUUCAUAAAUCAAUGCAGCAGUUGUAAAAGGCAGUUUGUCAGAAAGACAGCCACUACAUCAGUUGGACAGAAAUGUUUAGGUCUUAACUGUCCAGGUGUUAAGACAAACGGCCGACCGUGUAGAGGAGUUCUCCAUGACUUUAUUUUAGAUUGGGAGCAUUCAUUGCCCGAGAAAGAUCUAGAUCUUGCGCACUAUCACUCUAAUUUAGCCGACCUCAGUAUUUGUUUAGGGACCACGCUGCAAAUUAUUCCAAGUGGUAACUUACCUCUGUUCACAAAGAAAAAUCAGAAUGGAAAACUCGUAAUAUGUAAUCUCCAACCCACAAAAUAUGACAAAAGAGCUGAUAUGCUCCUCAACGGCUACGUAGACCAAGUAAUGAGCCUUCUAUUAGAAAAUUUAGAUUUGAAAAUAGAUGAUUACAAUCCCGAAUUCGAUCCUGUACGUAAAAAAGGAAUACACGAAUGGACCAUUCCUGAUUCGAAAGUUAGCGAAAUGAAAAAAUUGUACGAAAUACAUUUAAAACAGAGGAAAACAUCCGAUGAAGAUCAGAGAAAAAGAAAAAUUGAUGAUAAAUCCGAAGUCAUACCUUUAAAAAAAAAUGAUAUUAACAAAGUAGAAAAGCUAGAAAAUGAUGAUACUGAUGAAAAAACAGUUGAUAAGAGCUUAGACAAUGAAAAUAAUGCAAAAUGUGAAGAUGGUGGUACCUAAGGCAUCAAAAUUUACUAUGCUAAUUAAAAAAUUGCUUGCCUUCUGUGAUUUGAUUUUUCUAUGAAAGAAUCAUUUUAGAUUUUUUUAACUUGUUAAUGCAUUGGUUUAAAAACCAAAACUUGAUAUUAAUCGAAGUCUCCCUUUAAUUUAUUUAGUAAAUGAAUUGAAUUGUCUGUAAUCUUUUAUAUAAAAUACAUAACUUUUAUACUUAUUCUUUUCAAUUAAUAACAAUUCAUUUUAAUCUGAAUGUGUUU